ACGUUUACAAUGGAACUGUGACCUUUCUGCCUUUGGAGGAAAACAGUGAAGGAAAAUACAAGAUUAAAAAGUGCAAUAUUUAUCAAAUUCAACUUGUGUACCUAAAAGAUGAGGAAUGGUCUGUUUCUAUUGUAGCUCCAUUUCCAGAAGAUUGGUUUUCAGAUGGAAUUGCAUACCCCAAACUAACAUGGCUUGGAAAUGAGCUUUUGUCCAAACUGGCUAAAUGGUCUGUGGAGCAAAAGCCCAGUGAGUUUAAAAGUACGCUCUCGCUCAUUUCUGUAGCAGAAUACAGCAAGGUUUAUCAAGACCUUAAAGAAAAAUACAGGGAGAUGGUAAAGGUAUGGCCUGAAGUGACAGACCCUGAGAAAUUUGUUUAUGAAGAUGUUGCCAUUGCCACUUACUUGCUGAUUCUUUGGGAAGAAGAGAGAAAGGAAAAAGGGUUGACUAAGAAACAGUCAUUUGUAGAUCUUGGAUGUGGAAAUGGUCUGCUGGUUCAUAUUCUAAACAAUGAAGGGCAUUCAGGUAGAGGAAUUGAUGUGAGGAGAAGAAAAAUAUGGAAUAUGUAUGGACCAGGAACUCAUUUAGAGGAAUCUACAAUCAUGCCAGGUGACAGUCAUCUCUUUCCUGAUACUGACUGGCUCAUAGGAAACCAUUCAGAUGAAUUAACACCGUGGAUACCUGUAAUUGCAGCUAGGUCUUCCUAUUCAUGUCGCUACUUUGUGCUGCCUUGUUGCUUCUUUGAUUUCCAUGGAAAAUACAGCCGAAGACAAAGCAGGAAAACUCAGUACAGAGAAUAUCUUGAUUUUAUUGCCCAAGUGGGAUUUGUAUGCGGGUUUAAUGUGGAAGAAGAUUGCCUUAGAAUUCCAUCAACAAAAAGGGUAAGCCUUAUUGGAAAAAGCAGGACCUAUCCACCUACAGAACAUGCUCUGAUUGACAAGCAGAUAACACAGUAUAUUAAUAAUCGUCAGACCUGUGCUGUGGUCCCGUGUGGCAGCAAAGUUGCAUGUAAUCAUAAGGAUCACUGUGACAAUGUGUGCAGAGAAGCAGGCUCAGAACUUCCUGAAAAUGAGACUGACACUGGUGGUACAAUUUGGAUGCCUGGAUUUCAACCCAGAGAAAAAGUAGAACAAAUCCGAAAUUGUGCUUCCCUCCCUCGGGAUUUUGUAGAUGAUGUGGUUCUCAGUGUGGCAAACUUGCUGUUAAAUGCAGCCCCCCCAAAGUCAUGUUCUGAUAUGCAUGAUGGAAAUACAAAUACCUGGAAUCAAGGAGAAAGCCUUUCCUUGAAAGAAGUAGCAGAACACUUAAAUAAAGACACUUUAAAAAGGCUGAAGAGUGAAUAUGGAGGCCUGCAGACACUUCUCAAGAACAAUCAUCAAGUAUUUGAAGUUCUAAAUGGGAGAGUUCAUAUUCGUGACUGGAGAAAAGAGAAAUUGUCGAGGAAAACUAAGCCUGAAGUGAAACGGCGCCUUUCAGCUGAAGCAUUUAAAACACGUCUCUGUUGGUUUUUCAUUCAUCAUCCUGAUGGUUGUUCUUUGCCUUCUGAAUCUUGCCCAUAUGCUCAUGGGACUGAGGAGCUAAGGCAGUCUCAGAUGAUUAAAAAGAAGAAACAUAUACAGUAAUAAAAUGCUGCCACUUAAUGUUUAGGCCUGUGUACAUAACCAAAUCUGUGGUUGACUUUGGGACUGCCUAGUGCAUGAAGAUCUGUACAAUAUGGAAAGGUUUCCCAAUUCCUAUGCAUCUUAUUUUCCAGUUUACAAGUUCUCCUGUAUUUUUCAUUCUUUUGUUUUUUGAUGGUUUUGGGUUUUUUUUUAUUGACUUGGAAAAGGUAUAGUAAAGUAUGUAUAUACUUUUGAAA